CUGACCAGCGCCGCCCCCUUCCGACCCGGGAGGUGGAGAUCCCCCACCCCUCCCCACAGAGUCCAGCCAAAUUCAACUUAACUUUCUCCUCCCGCUGCUCCUAUAUUUCCCACACUUCCUCCUCCUUCCCCUAUCCCUCCUCCUUACAGACAGGGGAGGAGAAAAAGGGGAGUUCAGGUCGUCAUGACAGAGCCGAAGGCAAAGGAUUCCCAGGCUCCCCACGUGGCGGGCGGCGCGCCCACACCGGUCGGAUCGCCUCUGUCGGGACGCCGGGACGCUGGCUCCUUCCAGGCGAGUCAGACCUCGGACGCCUCCCCUGUAGUUUCGGCCAUACCCAUCUCCUUAGACGGGCUGCUCUUCCCUCGGCCCUGCCAGGGACAGAACGCGGACGGGAAGACGCAGGACCAGCAGCCGCUGUCAGACGUGGAGGGGGCGUAUCCCAGAGUAGAAGCCACAAGCGGUGCAGGAGCUGACAGCUCUAGACCCCCAGAAAAAGACAGAGGGCUGCUGGACAGUGUCUUGGACACGCUACUGGAGCCCGCAGGCCCGGGGCAGAGCCACGCCAGCCCUCCUGCUUGUGAGUCCACCAGCCCUUGGUGCCUGUUUGGCUCCAAGCUUCCCGAAGAACCCCGGGUUGCCCCCACCACCCAGGGGGCGUCGUCCCCGCUCAUGAGCCGGCCAGAGAGCAAGGCUGGCGACAGCUCCGGGAGGGCAACUGCCCAUAAAGUGCUGCCCAGGGGCCUGUCACCGUCCCGGCAGCUGUUGCCCCUGACCUCUGGGAACCCUCUUUGGCGGGGCGCCGCAGUGAAACCAGCACCGCAGCCGGCUGUGGUGGACGUAGAGGAGGAGGAUGGCUUCGAGUCCGAAGGCUCCGUGGGUCCGCUUCUGAAAGGCAGAUCCCGGCCUCUGGGAGGCACGGUAGCUGCAGGAGGAGCUGCGGCCACCGCUCCUGGAGUGGCCACAGGAGGCGUCACCCUGGUCCCCAAGGAAGAUUCCCGCUUUUUGGCGCCCAAGGUCUCCCUGGCGGAGCAGGACGCUCCCGCGGCGCCCGGGUGCUCCCCGUUGGCCACCACGAUGAUGGAUUUUAUCCACGUGCCCAUUCUGCCCCUCAACUCGGCCUUCCUGGCCGCCCGCACCCGGCAACUGCUGGAAGGGGAGAACUAUGACGGCGGGGCUGCGGCUGUCAGCGCCUUUGCCCCGCCGCGGGGCUCGCCCUCGGCUUCGUCCACCCAGGUAGCUGCCAGCGACUUCUCCGACUGUGCAUACCCGCCCGACGCCGAGCCCAGGGACGAUGGGUUCCCGCUUUAUGGCGACUUCCAGCCGCCUGCCCUGAAGAUCAAGGAGGAAGAGGAAGGCACCGAGGCAGCUGUGCGCUCCCCGCGGCAGUACCUGGUGGCGGGUCCUAAUCCCGCUGUUUUCCCAGAUUUGCCGCUGGCUCUGCAGCCGCUACCUCCGCGAGCUCCAUCGUCCAGACCCACGGAAGCGGCGGUGGCGGCCGCCGCACCCGCCAGUGCCUCUGUCUCCUCGGUGUCCUCGUCGGGGUCGACCCUAGAGUGCAUCUUGUACAAAGCCGAGGGCGCGCCGCCCCAGCAGGGCCCGUUUGCUCCGCCGCCCUGCAAGGCGCCAGGCGCAGGCGCCUGCCUGUUGCCCCGGGACGGUGCCUCCACCUCCGCUUCUGCUGUCGCUGCGGGGGCGGCCCCUGCGCUCUACCCGCAGCUCAGCCUCAACGGGCUCCCGCAGCUCGGCUACCAGGCCGCGGUGCUCAAAGAGGGCUUGCCGCAGGUCUACCAGCCUUAUCUCAACUACCUGAGGCCGGAUUCAGAUGCCAGCCAGAGCCCACAGUACAGCUUCGAGUCAUUACCUCAGAAGAUUUGUUUAAUCUGUGGGGAUGAAGCAUCAGGCUGUCAUUAUGGUGUCCUCACCUGCGGGAGCUGUAAGGUCUUCUUUAAAAGAGCAAUGGAAGGGCAGCAUAACUAUUUAUGUGCUGGAAGAAAUGACUGCAUUGUUGAUAAAAUCCGCAGAAAAAACUGCCCAGCAUGUCGCCUUAGAAAAUGCUGUCAGGCUGGCAUGGUCCUUGGAGGUCGAAAGUUUAAAAAGUUCAAUAAAGUCAGAGUUAUGAGAGCACUGGAUGCUGUUGCUCUCCCACAGCCUGUGGGCAUUCCAAAUGAAAGCCAAGCCCUAAGCCAAAGAAUUUCUUUUUCACCAAGUCAAGAUAUACAGUUGAUCCCCCCAUUGAUUAACCUACUAAUGAGCAUUGAACCAGAUGUGAUCUAUGCAGGACAUGACAACACCAAACCUGAUACCUCCAGUUCUUUGCUGACGAGUCUUAAUCAACUAGGCGAGAGACAACUUCUUUCAGUAGUCAAGUGGUCUAAAUCGUUGCCAGGUUUUCGAAAUUUACAUAUUGAUGACCAGAUAACUCUCAUCCAGUAUUCUUGGAUGAGCUUAAUGGUGUUUGGACUAGGAUGGAGAUCUUAUAAACAUGUCAGUGGACAGAUGCUAUAUUUUGCACCUGAUCUAAUACUAAAUGAACAGAGGAUGAAGGAAUCAUCAUUCUAUUCAUUAUGCCUCACCAUGUGGCAAAUCCCACAGGAGUUUGUCAAGCUUCAAGUUAGCCAGGAAGAGUUCCUGUGUAUGAAAGUAUUGCUACUUCUUAAUACAAUUCCUUUGGAAGGACUAAGAAGUCAAAAUCAGUUUGAAGAGAUGAGAUCAAGCUACAUUAGAGAGCUCAUCAAGGCAAUUGGUUUGAGGCAAAAAGGAGUUGUCUCUAGCUCACAGCGUUUCUACCAACUUACAAAACUUCUUGAUAACUUGCAUGAUCUUGUCAAACAGCUUCAUCUGUACUGCUUGAAUACAUUUAUCCAGUCCCGGGCACUGAGUGUUGAAUUUCCAGAAAUGAUGUCUGAAGUUAUUGCUGCACAGUUACCCAAGAUCUUGGCAGGGAUGGUGAAACCUCUGCUCUUUCAUAAAAAGUGAAUGCCAUUUUUAUCUUUAAAAAUUAAAUUUUGUGAUAUGUCUGUUUUUGUUUUGGUCAGGAUUAUGAGGUCUCGGAUUUUUACAAUGUUCUUCUCAAAGCCUUACAUUUAUAACGUAUAUUGUGUAAAUUUCAGAGAAAAUUGUGAAGUUAUAAUUGUUUUCCUUUAUAAAGCAUAAUUAGAAUUUUAAGGUGUUUUUGUGUACCUAUAUAUUCUUUAACUGUUUAGAAGAUUGAAAAGUACUAAAAUUGAUUGCCAAAGUAAACUUAAUUUUGUCCAUACUAUUUCCUACCAUUUAGGUGAAAAUUUUUAACUUUUGCAUUGAAUGAAUCUUCUACUUUAGAGGAAAAAAAUCUUACAUGUAAAAAUAAAAGGUAAUUAUAUAUGUUCCUUCUAGGUACCUCCCUUUGUCUCCUUGAAUAUAUUUACAAAAAUGAGUCUUUAAAAU